AUGCCCAGGAGCGUGUACACACGCUUCUAUGCUUCACUGAGCCGUGUCCUCACCCUGUUCCUGUCACCACCCUCACCGUGUCUAUUCCCAUCCCUCCCUGCAGUUUCCAAGUGGGAUCUGGAGAGUUUUGACUAUCAGGAGCUGAAAUCUGAGCUGACGGAGGUGCCCGCUUCCAACGUCUUCGAGGAGCGCCCCUCCCCCAGCCACCCUGCCACUGGGGACACAGCCACUGGGUGUGGAGAGCUGGUCUGGGUGGGGGAACCUGUGACCUUCCGCAGGGCUGAGACUAUUGCUGGCAAGUAUGGCGUGUGGAUGAAGGACCCAGAGCCUGUUCCCCCCUACACCCGCGAGACCACCUGGAGAGUCGAUGCCAUUGGCACUGACAUCCGCCAGGUCUUUGAAUACGACGACGCUGAUCAGUUCAUGAAGGGCUAUCCCUCCAAGGUCCACGUCCUGCCCCGGUCCAUGGAGAGCACUGGAGCCAUCAUAUACAGGGGCUCCCUGUACUUCCAGCGGCGCAAGUCCAGGACGGUGGCCAAGUACGACCUGAAGACAGAAACGAUCACAGUCCAAAAGGACAUCCCCAGUGCUGGCUACCAUGGCCAGUUCCCCUAUUCCUGGGGUGGGUACACAGACGUUGACCUAGCUGUUGAUGAGAUGGGGCUGUGGGUGACAUACAGCACAGACAAGGCCAAAGGGGCCAUCGUCCUCUCCAAACUGGAUCCAGAGACGCUGGAGGUUGAGCAGACCUGGGAAACCAACAUCCGCAAGCAAGCCGUGGCCAAUUCCUUUAUGAUCUGUGGCACCUUGUACACCAUCAGUAGCUACUCAGCCCCAGACGCCACAGUCAACUUUGCCUACCACACGGUCACCAGCACCAGCGAGCCGCUGAGCAUCCACUUCGAGAACCGCUAUGGGUACAGCAGCAUGGUGGACUACAACCCCACGGAGAGAAAGCUCUUCGCUUGGGACAAUUUCAACAUGGUCACCUAUGACAUCAGACUCUCCACGAUAUGAGGAGCCUCAGGGCAGGAGGAGGACACGCCACGCUCAUUGCUAACUAGCAGCUCGUGGGCUAGGGGCAAGUCUAGCCAGCUGUCAAUCUCAUACACUCGCUCUUCCUAUUCUUCCUGAGCUUUCCUUGGACUCAGCCCUGAGCCCCUUACUCAGGCAGAGCGCUCAUUGAGCUGGGCAAAGACUCCAGGCCUU